UAUUUCCACCCUAACGUCCCCCCCAGCCCCGGCGGUGGAGUCCCUCCGUACUUUCUCCCAGCUCCACUCCCCACGGGGGGGGGACAACGACAACCGGCCCCCCCCGGGUUCCUCCAUGUCCCGGAGACCCCCGGUCCCGUGGGAGGAAGAAGAAUGCCUGGAGUAUUACGGGAUGGUUUCCCUCCAUCGUCUUUUCGAGGUGGUGGGGGCCCAGCUGACCCCCAGCGACGUGGCCGUCCUCUCUUUCCUCCUGGACGAAGCCCACCCGGGGUCGCACCCCCUGGACCCGGCCUUGUGGGGGGGGGAGGGCACCCCUUCCCCUCUCCUGGAAAACUGGAACCGGCGCCGGCGUCGCCGUCGGCUUUCUUCCGGCAACUGGGAAGAAGAAGAACAGCAACAGCGAGCGCGACCGCGGAACGGCGUGGAACUCUUGCUGGAGUUGGAACGGCGAGGGUUGUGCGACGAAGGAAAUUUCCGGCAUCUUCUCCAGCUCCUUCGCGUCCUCACCCGCCACGAUCUCCUGCACUGCGUCACCCUCAAACGGCCCCGCACCGUUUCGCCCGAAAGAUUCACCUGCGGCCCGGCCGUGGUGGGCAGCUGCCUGAACGCUGCCGCUGCCCAGCCCCGCCAGGAGCAGUGGGAGACGG